AUGCAGCUCAAGCCGAUGGAGAUUAACCCCGAGAUGCUGAACAAAGUGUUGGCUAAGCUGGGGGUCGCCGGCCAGUGGCGCUUCGCAGAUGUGCUAGGACUGGAGGAGGAGAUUCUGAGCACAGUGCCAACCCCUGCCUGCGCGCUGCUGCUGCUGUUUCCCCUCACGGCCCAGCAUGAGAACUUCAGGAAAAAGCAAAUCGAGGAACUGAAGGGACAAGAAGUUAGUCCCAAGGUGUACUUCAUGAAGCAGACCAUCGGGAACUCCUGUGGUACCAUUGGGCUGAUCCACGCGGUGGCCAAUAAUCAAGACAAGCUGGAAUUUGAGGAUGGAUCCGUCCUGAAACAGUUUCUUUCUGAGACGGAGAAGAUGUCCCCUGAAGACAGAGCGAAGUGCUUUGAGAAGAAUGAGGCCAUUCAGGCUGCCCAUGACUCCGUGGCCCAGGAGGGCCAGUGUCGGGUAGAUGACAAAGUGAAUUUUCAUUUUAUUCUGUUCAACAAUGUGGAUGGCCACCUCUAUGAACUUGAUGGGCGAAUGCCCUUUCCAGUGAACCACGGCGCCAGUUCAGAGGACUCUCUGCUGCAGGACGCUGCCAAGGUCUGCAGAGAAUUCACUGAGCGUGAACAGGGAGAAGUCCGCUUCUCUGCAGUGGCCCUGUGCAAAGCCCCCUAA